AGGCUCCGCUCAGAGGAAGGAGGGGGUGUCUCGCAGCCGCUCUCCGUGCGUCAGAUCCCAGGACACGUCAGACGUCCAGUGACUGGGACGUGGUUCCCGCGGGGGCAGCCUCCGGAUUAGCGAUGCUGCUAUAUUUAUCGACUUCCACAGCUGUGCUGACGGAACGGGCGAGAAAACAAGGCCCAUCUGUAAUGGAAGUUGCUGGGACGCGGGCGCCAUUGGACAUGGUGGGGGAGAAUGGGGGGAGUCCAGACCCCGCAACCCGAGGUCUGCACCUCAGAAACGGGCAACUGGCCUGUUGCGGGGCAGAGGAACCGAGCACGGACCCUGAGUGGGACCGCCGGGACCGGCUCAGCGGCAGUGACGGAGACGCAGACGUGGAAGAUGCUGACGGCAGACUAAGAGCAUCCGAGCUCCCACACCGGUCCAGCUCGAGGAGACGGCGGCGGCCGAGGCUGGUACAGCAGGACACGACAGAGAGCGAGGACGACUCGAGUCGUAACCGGCACAGACAACAGCACUGUAACGUGCAGCUCAGUCCCCAGCGCAUGUCCCGAGCCAUCACAGAGGAGAGCGUCUCUCAGAUCCGUCCGCUGCUGCUGAGUGGAGCGGGUCUGCGGCCGAGCGGGGUGGGGGUGUCACUGGGCCCCGAGCUCCGGACCCCCGGCCUACACUGUCCCCACGGCCCACGGGACAACGUCAGCUGCCUCUUCGUCACCUCUAUUGUCUUCAUCCCCCUGGGGCUGCUGCUGAUCCUCUGCCUGUUACAGAGAAAGGAAGCAUGAGGGAGGGGGGAGGGAGAGGGGAGUGGCAAGGACCCAGAGUCUGAACUCGGUCCCACGUCCCCCACCCCCUCUCUGAGACCACGGACCGUCACAUGUCCCAUGACCAUGUCCCACCCCCUCUCUGAGUCUAUGGACCAUCACACGUCCCCUGACCGUGUCCCACCCCCUCUCUGAGACCACCGACCAUCACACGUCCCCUGACCGUGUCCCACCCCUCUCUGAGACCACGGACCAUCACACGUCCCCUGACAGUGUCCCAUUUCCCCCACCCCCCCUCUGAGACCACGGACCGUCACACGUCCCAUGACCAUGUCCCACCCCCUCUCUGAGUCCAUGGACCAUCACACGUCCCCUGACUGUGUCCCGUCCCUCCUGACCCCCUCUCUGAGACCAUGGACUGUCACACGUCCCCUGACCAUGUCCCACCCCCUCUCUGAGUCCAUGGACCAUCACACGUCCCCUGACUGUGUCCCACCCCCUCUCUGAGUCCAUGGACCAUCACACGUCCCCUGACCGUGUCCCACCCCCUCUCUGAGACCACCGACCAUCACACGUCCCCUGACCGUGUCCCACCCCUCUCUGAGACCACGGACCAUCACACGUCCCCUGACAGUGUCCCAUCUCCCCCACCCCCCCUCUGAGACCACGGACCGUCACACGUCCCAUGACCAUGUCCCACCCCCUCUCUGAGUCCAUGGACCAUCACACGUCCCCUGACUGUGUCCCGUCCCUCCUGACCCCCUCUCUGAGACCAUGGACUGUCACACGUCCCCUGACCGUCUUUCAUCCCUCCCCACCUGAUGAUCAGGACUGAGCAUCCAGAGAGGAACUGAGGGAUGGAGGGGUGAGCCUUUGCCCCCCCCCCACAACACUUCCUCUCCCCUCAGGCCUACAGGAGGCACCUCAAGAGGCAAGAAUAAAAAAGGAAAUGUUUUA